AGUAACUCUACUGAACUCAUCGCUGUCUGUCUAUUUUACUCCCUGUGUUUUGCAAUAUAAGAUAAUAAACAAUAAUUAUUUUGCAAUGUCUUGUUGGCUCGCAAUUAUUCUUGUGAAGGUGUAAAUGCGGUUGCCACGGUGUGACACGUCCAUGUCAUCGUGGUCCAACAGCACUGGUCAUCACACAGUGGACCUAUUCAACAACACUAACUAUCCUCAGGGGCACGAGUUUCUUUGGUCUAAAUUAUUCAACCCUAAACGAAUGUCCAAUUCAGGCGAGACUCUCAACUCGCCGAGUUACCUGUCAUGGCGCAAGUUGCAACUUAGCAGAGCAAAACUGCAGGCCUCUAGCAAAACAUCAGCCCUUCUAUCCGGAUUUGCCAUGGUGGCCAUGGUUGAAGUGCAACUUAGCAACGAGACGCAUGUUCCGCCCGGGAUGCUGAUUCUGUUUGCAGUAUGCACGACUCUCCUCGUUGCUGUACACAUGUUGGCUCUCAUGAUCAGCACAUGUAUCUUGCCCAACAUUGACGCAGUGUGCAACCUCCACUCCAUCUCAUUGGUUCACGAAUCUCCCCACGAGAGGCUCCAUUGGUACAUCGAGAUAGCCUGGGCUUUCUCCACGCUCCUAGGUCUCGUCUUGUUUCUCUUUGAGAUAGCGAUCCUUUGUUGGGUCAAGUUUUACGAUUUCUCCAAGGAGGCUGCCUGGUCCGCCAGCAUCAUCUUGAUCCCUGUCCUCGUCAUUUUCCUAGUUUUCGCCAUUCACUUCUACAUCUCCCUGGUGACUCACAAGUAUGAAGUCACCAUCUCCGGGAUCCGAGAGCUGGAGUUGCUCAAAGAACAGAUAGAGGCGGGAGAUAUGGAGACAAGGAUGCAGAAUAUGAACGUUCCCACAGGCAUUGUGGGUGCAGGCUUGUCUCUCAUUGGAGCAGGGAAUACCCAGAUUGUGUGAUUUUAGGUGAUAGUAAUUGUUAUUUAUUAAAUAUAAUGAAGGUACAAGAUUUUUAUUAUAACAAACAUUCAAAUGUUGAACUGCGCAAAAUGGAUUUUUUAGCACAAGGUUAGUAGCAUUUUCUUGAUAAAACUUUAUUUAAAGAGUGAUACAUAACGUUUUUAUCACAUUGUUUACUAAACAAUAAAUUUAUAAAAUUGGAUCAACUGUUUAUAAAAGAAGCUGUGUUCAAAUUGACAACAACAUUAAAUUGGCUGAGUCAGAAAGUCUAUGCACUGAAAAUGCUAAGGUUUAUUUUGACACAGUGGUUUGGGCUGCCUUAAACAACUAUUCUACUUAGGCCUAACUCAAAGGAUUUAGUCUUCUUAUAAUCUUUAUGAUAUCAAUAGAUUGAGUAACUGGAAGUAUUACUGAGCAGUAUAGGCCUAUAACUGUCGUACUUUAUCACUUUGUAUAACCAAUAUUAAUUUGUACUUAUUGCUUUAAAAUGUUUGCUUAAUAUAUUCAAGGUUCAUGUUUCAUUAAUUGCUCCUUUAAAUGUAUGUACUUGGUGCAUGUUCCUUUACAUUUUUCAUUCAAAUUGUUUUUGUAUUAUUGAUCAAACAAAUAUGUUUAUUUUUAUUUUUUAUGUUCUAAGACUUGAAUUAACCCUUUCAGUGCUAAGCCAAUAAUUCAUAUUUUGUAAGUCUUUUUUGUUUGCCUUUUAAUUCCAUUACCCGUUGUUGAAUUUUAACUGUCAUGUUGUCACUAUUUUAUUAAUUAGGCUAAUUUUGAAUAAUAACACUAUAAGAAAAUAUAUAAGAAAGAUAAAUCCCGGUAUUUGUAGUAAACAUCAAAUAAAACUUAGUUUUUGUUGUAAUUUUCCUGGUUUUCCUAUAAAUUUUUAUGUUCUGAUAGCAUUAUUUGAAACCGAAAUCUCACAAUAUCAAAAGACAUAUAGUUUACAAUGUAAUAUUGAAUUUAACCCUGAUUUAGUUGGACAAGGUUAUUGUAAUAAAGCAAUUUUAGGGAAACUAAUGUUUUGCAGCAAAGUCUCAGGAACACAUUUACUACUACUAAAACUAAAAGAUUGCAUCUAAAUAGUCCGUGACUAGCUGGUGCUGCUACCUAGUAACACAUUGAACAACCAUCUGCAGAGCAAUCUGUUCGCAAUCGGUGGCGACAGCUUAAAUACCGGGUUUUGACUCCCCAGUCUUCAAGCACAGAUAGCCGAGAAGGCUAGGGCGUGUGUCACUUGGCCAGUGGCAUUCGUCUGCUCGGGUUCGAAUCCCGUCCUGUGUGGCAAAUAAUUGGUGACCUGCUGUGUGUUUGUAGCGAUAUACUACAACCACUGGGGCAUAGUGAGGUGUUCAUAAUCCUUGGUUUAGAGACAUACACCUCGAAAUAAUCGGAUUGGGCGAAUCUUUUAGCUAAGUGGUUGGUAGUGUAUCCUAUAAACAUGCAGGUCACCAAUGGCCGUUUUGCUAUUUUUUUAAAAAUAACCUUCCUCUCUAUAUCCCUUAGGGUUUUUUUAAAACAACGAUAUAUCGUUUCAUAGCACUGAAAGGGUUAACUUAUAAGUUGUAACACAAUUUGUGAUAUUUGUUGGAAAGUUUGCUAUGAUGGUGCUUUGUUUUAGGUUUGUAGUAGCAACAAGGUUUAUUUCUGUCUGUAAAUUGAUAAUGUCUAUAGUUAAAAAAAAUGUAGAAUAAUGUAGUUUGAAUUAAAUUUACAGGACAGGUAUUCAUGUAACAACCAAAGUGUGUAUAUUAUUAUUAUUACUUAAAAUAAAUUUAGAGUACUUAAGAAAUAUAUCUGAAUUUAAGAGGCCUUAAGAAUAAUUAUUGUAUAUUUAUACUGAAAUAAACUAUGUUAAUGAAA